AUGAAGAAAAGAAAACAUGUACUGUCCCUUUCAAGAGUGGAAAGGUUUGAAGGAAGCAUAACUAUCGGUGGGUUCAUCUUGAUAUCAGAAAGGUUAGUAAUAUCGCAAACAUAUCGUGAAAAAGUUUCAAGACCCAUAAAUCCCGUGAAAUUUGCCCGAAAUAUUAUAUUCGCCGAGAUGUGGUGGAACAAACACCGAAUGAGACAAUUAUCUGAUUUCUCUGAUAUGUCGGAAGCAUAUAUUUACAAUUUCUGUGAUUCGGACGAAUGGCUUUUUCACAAUUAUACAAUAUGUCGGCAACAUUAUUAA